CCGUCCGGAGGCGGGGGUGGGGGGUGUCGGCGGGGGUCGAGCUGCCCCCCUGCCCCCCUGGCCGGCGAUGGAGGGGACGUCCUUCGGAGCGGGCCGGGCGGGGUCGGGGGCCGUGGACCCCCUGGAUUUCCUGCAGCAGCCCCGCACCGUGCUGAGGAUCGCCGCCUGGGUGUUCUCCAUCGUGGUGUUCGGGGCCGUGGUGAACGAGGGCUACGUGAACCGGGACAGCGGGCCCGAGCUGCGCUGCGUCUUCAACGAGAACGAGGCGGCCUGCAGCUACGCCAUCGCCGUGGGGCUGCUCGCCUUCUUCGCCUGCAUCUUCUUCCUCCUCCUCGACCUCAACUUCCAGCACAUCAGCAGCGUCAAGGACCGCAGGGCCGCCGUGCUGCUCGACCUCGCCUUCUCCGGCCUGUGGUCGUUCCUAUGGUUCGUGGGCUUCUGCUUCCUGGCCAACCAGUGGCAAAGGACCAAGGGAAGCCAGGGGGUGAGCCAGGCCGGGGACGCCGCCAGGGCCGCCGUCACCUUCUCCUUCUUCUCCAUCCUCACCUGGGCAGCGCUAACGGUGAAGGCGCUGCAGAGAUACCGGUUGGGCACAGACAUGACCCUGUUCGCCACGGACCAAUUCCCGGCCGCCCCGUCCGGCGCCGGCUACCCGGGGGCCGCCGGCGGCCUCGACGGCACCGACACCUACCAGAGCCCCCCGUUCGCCGAGACCCUGGACCCCAGCCCCAAGGGCUACCAGGUUCCCGCCUAUUAGGGGCCAGGAAGGGGCCCGCCGCACCCCUGACCCCUGACCCCCGACCCUCCCCGUUAGCCGGUCGUGCUGCGCUCUCGGGCCUAGCCUCCGUCCACCCCCUCAGCCAGCGCCUCUUCGGGAGGGAAGCGGCGGGACAGACGCCUGCACGGAGGCGGUGGACGGGCGAGUGACCGGCGGCGGGGUGGGGGGGUGGGGUCUGCCGCCCCCAGACUCCCACGGGCCCUGGGCCCUCACUGCCAUCUCCCUGAAUGAAGGCUGGGGUCGAGGGGCGGGGGGCCCUGACGUCCGGGACCCCAGCCCCCCCGGGGAUGCCCCCUCCCACACUGCACCUCUGGAGGGAUGGGAGAGGGGGAAGGAUCCUCACCCACUCCUUCUCAGCCCCUCCUCUCCUCCUCACCCCCAGGCCCAGCCCCGACUCCAAAGCUUUCUUUAGGGGAUCCCCUCCCCAGUUCUGUCAAUCAACCAAUCGUCUCUAUUGAGCGCUUACUCUGUGCCCCACUUGGGAAAGCACGUGAAGGUAGUAGAUGGGAUCUCCCUGCCUCGCGGCACUGAGGGUUCUCGACUUGAGUGAAUUUGAACCGAUUCUAGUGUUUCUUAAAAUUGAUUGUUAACCCGAGUGGCCCUCCCCGUACCCCCCGCCCCACUAAGGCUGCAGACCCUCCCUGCCUUGGCUAUCUCUCCUCUCCUCUCUCUUUCCUCUUUUCCAGAUUCUCCCCACGCCCCUCUCUUCUCUUCCCCUCUCUCCUUUCUCCCCGCCUCCGUGCCCUCCCCUGAACCUUGGGUGGGUUUUUCCGAGUGGAGAGGGGCUUCCCAGGAGAGGGACCCCUCCGGAUCCCCCUCCUUCCCACCUGACCUGACCAGGAAUAUGAGGGCUGGCUGGAGCCCUGGCGCGGGGGAAUGAUGGUCGUAGCGCUUUUCUCUGGUUUUGAAGGACGCGGCCGCCCCCCCGCCCCCAUUGGGACAUGGGGGGUCCCGGCCCCAAUAGCCUCCCCCACUACCCCAGGUCCUGGGGAGCUCUUCGGGAGACCCCACAACCUCCCUGUCAUUGGGGAGGCCAAAACAGAGGCCCACCUGUCUUGACAAACCACUGUUGAUCUAGGCGGGGUGGGGUCACCCCCACCUCCAGCCACCGGACCCCAGGCCCGCUGCCUCCUCCGGGCGCGAGCGGCCCAGCCCAGGGGGUGGUCCCGGACACGCCAGCGGAGGGAGGGGGAACGUGCUUGUGGUUGUAUCCGCCUUGUGUGCAGGUGAUCGUGUCCUUAGGAUACCGUGCCCGGCGCCGGGGACCGUCCGGCUCAGUAUAACCCACCCAGCGCCGGAGACCGCCCCAUCCCUCAGUAGUACUCGUCCAGUGCCGCUAGACAGUCCUGCGGUAUCGGCCUCCGGGUCCCGCUGGACGGCCUGCCUCUCAGUAUUGCCCGCUCCGGCCCCAUCGUUUGCCCCCUUGGACCGUGGUGCGUGAGAAUGCCUAAGAACCGUCCCGUCUAGAUGCCUAGUCCAUCUCUCGGGGUCCGAGGAUCGCCCCCACCCCUGCCCGCCCGCCCUUCCCUGCUUGGAGCCCCCAGCAUGCCAGCCCACCGUGGAGCGCCUGCCCGUCUGUGCCCGGCCCACCGCUGCCGCUGAGAGCCCGGCAGGCUUCCCGGAGGCUCUCCCUUCCCCCCGUGGCCAGGAAGGACAGUCCUGGGCCUUCCCGAGAGGGACGGGACCCUGGAUCUGCCGCCUUCCCCAUCCUCGAACGCCCCAUACGAACAUCACAGACUCCGAGGAGGCCGCGGGAUGCCCCCUUACUGCUCCCUGUGAUCCCCUCAUCCUCCCCCAUGUGUGUGACCCCCUCCCCACAAAACAAAAGCUUCCACGCUCCAGGGACGCAGCGGCCUUCCGGGUGGAGGACGGCCGAGCUGGUUUCUGGAGCUUCGCCCGCUGGCCUCCGUCAGCCCUAGCCCUAGCUCCCUCCGCGUGUCCCGUCCGUGUCCCCCUCCGCUCCCCGCCCGACUUUUACAAACCCGCCCCGUACCCCACGUGGUUGGCCAACUUCCCUCUCCGGUCAAGCCGAGCGCUUCGGAGAGUUGGCUGUCGUGAGUAAAGCCCGCGUGCGUUGUUGUCUACAGUGGAGCGUCGACGGGGGUGAAAAGUAAAACAUGUUUACAACU